AUGGAUAUCCAGAAGUACACCGACCGCUUCACAGAGCUGUCUAAAUUUGCUGAAACUGUCAUUCCUACCGAAGCUGAGAGGGUUAAGAGGUAUAUAAAGAAAAUGAAUCCGAGGGUAAGGACUCUGGUGCUGUGUUCGGGGGUUACCACUUUUCAAGCUGCUUAUGAGAUGGCCCUGAGUGUUCAUCCAUCGGUGAGAGAGGAAGAAGCUGUUAAGGAUGCAUUUGUAAGGAAGCCUUUUCCGUCUGCUGCUCCUGGUCCGGCUAAGAAGCCGAGGUUUGAGUCGAGUUUCCGUGGUGGAUACCAAGGCUCCAGUUCUAGGCAGGGUUUUGAUCCGUCCAAGUGUCGGAGGUGUGAGAAGCCCGUGCAUAGGGGAAAGGAUUGUGAGGGUGCUGCCAUUGUUUGCUUCUAUUGUAGGGAAGCGGGUCACAAGAGUUAUGAGUGUCCCAAGAAUCCGAGGGCUACAGCUAAGCCCCUGUUCCUCCUAGUCAUUCUGCUCCGUGAAAGAAUCGGGUUUACAGUAUGA